AUGGGCUGCGUGCGAUGCUGGCAACAUCUACCCGGGUGGAAAGCCACCGCGGCGCUCCUCACAGCGACCAUGGCCCUCCUGACAACCCUGACCGCCGUCGCGCUGAUGGUCUCCGUCUUCCACCUUGGAGGGUCUCUGACUGGACGCAGCGUUCUUUACAUGGGCCCCUACGACACGGCCUCACGAACGAACCUGGCCAUCCAUCUCGUCAUCAACAUCGCCGCGUCGGGAGUUCUAGCUUCGUGCAACUUCUUCAUGCAGAUCCUGGUCGCGCCCGGCCGGCGUCAGGUCGACGCGGCCCAUGCUGCUGGGCGUUGGCUAGAGAUCGGCGUGCAGUCGUUUCGCAACGUGCUCGUGGGUGCAGUGCCGUUUUGGAAGGCGCUGCUAUGGAUCUUGCUGGCGCUCAGCUCAGUACCCUUGCACCUGUUGGCCAACGGCUGCGUCAUGCAGUCCAAGGCGUCGACGAACCUGAUGAUCGCCAUCGUGGCCGAGGGCUUUGUGACGGAAGCGGGCACGGUGCCGUUCUCGCUGCCAGGGAUCGCCGUCGAUCCCGACGCUCGAGGAGGAGGAAACCUCGAGACGUUGAAGGACAUUGCAAAAAAGGUGGCGAGGCCGGCGAGAUGGGAAAAGCUGAACUACAGCAGCUGCAUCGGUCGAUACAACCGGACGGACAACAUCAUGCGGAACUACCGACACCUUGUCAUGGUCCUCGGGCACAUGAACGGCAGCGCGGCCGAUAAAGGGUGGGCCCGGGAGGCUGUGCGCACGGAAGGACUAACAGGCAAGUAUGUGGCGAGUGCAAGUGCGGUAAAUUACUUGUGGUGGAUGGGCGACCUGUUGAGAACAGACAAGGCCCUUCGGUAUACCGACUCAUGGCCUAUCCCGCGAUCGUUGCUGUCUGGCAAAUUCAUGGUUGACCUGGAUCAGUCGGGCGUGCUGACCCUCGAUAAAAAGAGAGCCAGGGAGCCCUGGGUCCAGAUGAAAGUCCAGUACUGCCUCUCCGAGCGAUUUGACGCCCCUUCGAAAUUGGAGGUCGACAACCUCCUCUUACUGGUUGUUCUGGUCAUGUUCGCACUCAAGUGUACCCUGUGCGUAUUUGUCUGGGUAGUCCAAGGCCGGAGCCGAGACGAGUCGCUUCUGACGCCUGGAGACGCCGUCGAGUCCUUCAUUGUAACCCCGGAUCCAACGACAGUCGGGAUGCCACAAUCCCGUUUCGGCCACGACUCGGCAAAUAUGGCCGUGCAGGGCGACGGGAUGGAGGACAUGCCUCUCCUGGAGCAGACGCUCCUCGCCAACACACCGCAGCUGAUCCUCUCUGUGUGCUACAUAGCAUACAACGGCAUCUUUACGCGCAUAGCAGCCGAGUUUGAAUGGGCCUCCUUCAGUGUUAAACAUCGGCCUCUGCGGGUGACGCGCAAGAAGGGGCAGCAAAAGUCUACAUGGCGUCUUCAGCUGCCGUAUCAUUGGUCCGUCCCUUUGUUGAUCACUAGUAUCAUGCUGCACUGGCUAUACUCGAAUGCCAUCUACACCAGCAUCUACACAGGCUACAGUGGCAGCUACCCAUAUACCUACCAGGACGACACCACUGGAUUGCAGUACUCGUCCGUGACCAUCCUCAUUUGCUUCACGAUAUCAUUCGCGAUUUCCCUCAUCCCGCUCGUACUGGCCUGCGUCAAGCUGCCAGGCAAUAUGGUCGUCUGUGGUGGCAACUCGGCUGUGAUAUCUGCAGCCUGCCACCUUAUUACGCCCCCAGCGAGCCGGGAACGAGCUCGACUACCGUUUGAUAAGUUAGAUGGCGACGUGCAGGUCAGCCUGAUAGAUUCCGGGCGCGAGACGCUGAUACUGGCAGCAAGGGGCAAGUUGAGAUGGGGCGAGGUCUGGGUCCCAACAGGCAAGGACUCGCAGUGGUUCGUGUAUGGCGACCAAGGAGCAAGGCACUUGUCUUUUGGCACGGAGGAUCAAAACAUCCACGAGCCCACAGAUGGACAGUGGUAUGCGGGGAUCAAAGAACGUUCCAACGUUGCUGAAAUGGCAGAAACAUUAGACAUGGAGCUGGAUGUUAUGGGCCAGCAACCGCUGCUCAACAUCUACACCAAUCUCAGCUUUUGCUACCCGUACCACGGUUCUCCCGACAAAGUAAUCGAAAUCCUCAACAAUGGCCUCUCACGACUUGGCAAGAGCUUCCCAUGGCUGGCUGGUCGCGUCGUCACAGAGGAUAUCGGCACAGGCAAGGCCAACACCAGGAUACGGCCUCGGCACGACACGCCUUGUGUCGAGAUGCGGGACCUCAGGGAGGACUCGAGGGUGCCAUCCUUGGAAGCCAUGGAGAAUGCCGGCUUUCCCAUCCAGAUGUUUGACGAGACGCGGUUCUGCGCGCGCACCACUUUCAACCCCCCGGGGCCUUCUGGCCCGACCAACGAGGUGUUCAUGGUGGUGGCUGCGCUCGUGAAGGGCGGUCUGGUCCUCAGCUUCUCCGGAAUCCACAGCGUGAUGGACAUGACGGGCCUCGAGCAGUCCAUCUACCUGCUGUCCAAGGCGUGCCGGAACGCGCCGUACACGGACGAGGAACUGCGCGUCGGGAACAUGGAGCACAAGAACCUCAUCGAACUGCUGGACGACAGCUACGAGCCGGGGCCGGAGCUAGCGCAUCAACUGGUCCAACCUCCGCCGCCGGGCGGCGAAGCCACACCGGCGCCAGAACCUCGGCCGUGCGACUGGGCGACGUUCCUCUUCUCCGCGCCGUCCCUCUCGCAGCUCAAGGCCCGCGCGAACGAGAACCUGCCGCCGGGCUCGUUCGCCUCGACCGACGACGCCCUGACCGCGUUCAUAUGGCAGGCCAUCGCGCGCGCGCGCACCGAGCGCCUCGGCGUAGACGCGUCCACCAUGCUGGCGCGCGCCGUCGACCCCAGGCGCUUCCUCAAGCUGCCCAAGACGUACCCGGGCCUCGUGCAGAACAUGACGUACAACACCGCGCCCAGCCUGAGGGGGCUGACGGAGGCGCCCCUGAGCGAGGUCGCCCUCGGCCUGCGCAGCGAGCUCGUGGAUGCCGAGGGCAUGGCCUACCGGUGUCGGGCGCUGGCAACGUACAUGAGCCGCGUAUCCGACAAGGGACUCGUCUCUGUGGCAGCGGAUAAUCGCGCUGGGCAGGACGUUCAGAUCAGCUCGUGGGCCGGCGUCGAGGCGUAUGGGAUGGACUUUGGCAUCGGCCUGGGCCCGCCCGUGGCUGUCAGGCGGCCCAUGAUUCCGCCCGUUGUCGAGGGCUUGCUCUACCUGCUGCCGAAGACGCCCAAGGGGGACAUCCCGGCAAUUCUGUGCCUGGCGACGUCAGAGAUCAAUAAACUAAGAGAGGAUCCUGAGAUGAGCAAGCUCGCGACAUACAUUGGGCCAAACAUGAGCGAAUGA